CGUUUGGUGGGAGUUCCGAAGGGGAGGGGGGCCGGAGCUGCUGCUGCCACAUGGCCUUGGGCUUCCGGUGCCGCCCCACUUCCUGCGCAGCGCCCUGCGAGUUUCCGGCCGGCCGCCCUGGACUGGAGCAACUCGCCUCCCCCUCGCCUCUGGUUCCGUGACUGCGCGCCUCGUGCCUCGCUUCCCUGAAGCUCGAGGAGCAUGGCGCCCCUGAACCGCCCGGCUCCCGUGGAGGUCACCUACGGGAACAUGCGGUUCCUCAUUACGCACAAUCCAACCAGCGCCACGUUAAGCCGAUUCAUUGAGGAGCUGAAGAAACACGGGGUGACCACCAUAGUAAGACUGUGUGAAGCAACUUACGACACCGCCCUGGUAGAGAAAGAAGGCAUCCGGGUCCUGGAUUGGCCUUUUGAUGAUGGUUCAUCCCCGUCCAAGCGCAUUGUCGAUGACUGGUUGCAUCUGGUCAACAUUCAGUUUCGCAAGGAACCUGGCUGUUGUAUUGCUGUUCACUGUGUUGCAGGUCUCGGGAGAACGCCGGUGCUUGUUGCCCUAGCACUGAUCGAAAGCGGAAUGAAGUAUGAAGAUGCGGUACAGUUCAUAAGGCAGAAACGACACGGAGCUUUUAACAGCAAACAGCUUUUGUAUUUGGAGAAAUACCGUUCCAAAAUGCGCCUGCGUUUCAAGGACUCUAGUGGUCACAGAAACAACUGUUGUGUUCAAUAAAAAAUAGCUGCUAAUGUGCCGUGGGGGAUUGGAUUUGAGGCAGUACUUAAUUUGGCUACAUAGUAAGCCACAUUUGGUUUUAAUGAAGCUUAGCAGUAUCGAAAAGCCACAGUCUGACAGAAGAGCAACCGACUGUGUGUCGCUUACUACCGUCCUAUCAUAGAAAGAAUGAAAAUUGUAAGGAUGAAGCUUGGGCCAGGCAGAAACAACAUGUAAGAUACUUAGUGAGAGUAGUGCCAAAGGUAGCCAGCACAAUAUUUGUAUAUUUUUUAGUUACACGGAAUUUAAAAUCUCAGGAACUGUAACAACGUUCUAGGCCUUAUGUGGAUAAUUCCUUAAGUAAUGUCGAACACUGUAAGUUGAACUUACUUUCCUGAUCCACUCUACAUAUGUUCUGGUAUACAUUGGGUUUGUGCAAUAGUUGAUAUUCUUGGAUCUUUAUUCUUAGGACUACCUAAUGCCUUCCUACAAAUCUAAUUUUAUGUUAUUGUGAUACCUCCAUUUUGAAAAAUCCACUUAGAGUUAGAAGUUUAUGCAAGGUCCGCAUUGCACUGAAGUGUGUGUGUUUGAUAUCUUCAGAUAUAAGAGCUUCACAGUAAAUAUUGUAUGUGCAACUUAACAGGAAGGGCCUGAAAGUAAGGUGUGUUUCUAGUAAAACUAAGAUGUGUUUCUAGUAAAACGUUGCCUUUGUCUUAUGCAGGGUGUAUAGGAUAGACGCUUUAGUAAACAUCUUUUAAAAAGUAGACAUACUAGCUUUCAUGCCUAAUUCCAAAUUUCUGAAAAUCUUGUAAUUCUUCAUGCCUAUUGGAAAAUGAAAACCAUUACCUGAGUUUGAAGUUAGAGAUGUUUCUUUUCUACCUAACUCAAACAGGAGUAGGCCUCUACUAGCAAAUUGCACAUGUAAUAUUUUGUGUAUUUGUUUGAACUGUGACAGUGUUAGGAUACUUUAUAAUUAGUUUUUUUAUGAAGUUGAUAAAAUGAUCUGUUUUAGUGUUAGUACAACUAUAUUUCCUUACUGUCUGAGAGCCAAAGGUUGGAAAUCUAUGGGAGAAACAACUUGUCUGUUCACCAUUAGCAGCUAGUACAAGAACUUGAAUAUAUGAAUAAACUGAAUUACGAGAGAGAAUUCUAAGAUGGUUUAG